CAUAGACGUCAGUUACAUGGAUAUAGGGUCCGUGAGUCAAGACUAGUCGAACUAUCGGCUGAUAAUCAUUAAAAUACCCCUUCCGGUACCAGCGCUUCUUGCUAAGCAUAGCGGGAAGAGGUCUUGACUGCAGAUAAAACGAGGACAAAAGAUCCCCAGUCACCAAUAGAGCCUGGCAUUGAUGGUAGAGGAAGUAGAAACUAGAGUUAUCAUCUAUUCGUUGAAAACUUAAUUUACUUCAACAUGGCAGGGUGUCUGGUUGAGCUGUACAUCUGGUCAAUGAAAGGUGCUAUGGGAAUCAAAGAUGGAAACAUUGGAUGCCAUACCUACUAUGACAAAGGAGACAUGGUUAACACUGGAUAUAUGGAUCAGAAGCAGCAGUAUUUUGAAAGUCGAGAUCAAGUUUGGACACCAAAGAACAGAAGGCCGGAUAAACUUAGGGAUCUUCUCAAAGAAGCAGAGGAAUUACUUGCCAGUCAUGAAAUAGUCGCUACACUAUGGAGAUCCCAGAAGAAUGUCCAGCUCCUUUUGAGUAACUGUGUGUUGCUUUCCAUACAAAUAGCCAGUCACAGUGGGGAUAUUGAUAGACUGGUCAUUGAUAAGAGUCUUCAAGGAAAGGUUCCUCCUUCUAUCACGCAUGCUGUGAUGACAAGCAACUUUAUCAUGUGUACAUGGAGCGACAAACCCAAAGCAGCGUUCAUUUUCUUUAGUAAGAAGACAAAUCCUUCAGGAGACUCUGCCAAGAAAAUAGAGAAGCUGUCCUCUUUAGAUCCCAAGCUGUCAUUCCUUGAUCUCCCUGGCCCAAAGAACAAGAAGUUGAAGAGAACACUAUCAGUUAAUACCACUCAGGAAUGGAUAUUAGCGUGGUGGGCCACUGCAACUGAGACCUCCCUCCAGUGGGCCCCUCCUGUCGCAGCAGAGAAAGACAGAGCUAAUCUGUUUGUGUAUGCUGUCAAUGGAACCAAACUAGAAGAAAUUAGUUUUGUCAGGACAGAGAAUGAACCGUUUGCAGUUGAUUUCAGCUUGAACCAGCCAAGACACAUACAUACAUUGGAGGUUGCAGCAGGUCGAGCCAGCAUCGAUACCUGCAUCUAUGAGUGUUCAAGGAGUAGGAUACAAAGGGCUUCAGUGACGUCAAUACCUCUGAAAUCUCCAGUACUCACGUAUGGCAGAAAUCACAAUGAGGAUAAACUUGUACUGGGAUGUGCAGAUUGCAGAUUGGUUCUGUAUAAUGAAAGCAAGAGAGUUACACAGUUCAUUCAAACUGACUUGGUUCCUCAAUUCAUCUCCUGGCAUCCUGGUGAUUCAGUGUUCAUUGUCGGGAGUACAGCAGGAAAAAUACAGUGUUUUGACAUGGCUCUGAAUACACUCUUCUUCUACUCAAUGUCCGAGCAGCUUGAACCCAAACCAGUUCUGUCCUUAACAACUCAUUUCAGACUCGAGAGCCAUAUUGUAGAUUUAUCAUGGGCAUCCUCAUCGUGUUCCUGGGACAGUAUCCCUGAUGCUCAAGACUCUAUGCUGAUCACUCUCAAUAGAGGACCACUUGUAUUGGUACAGAUGGGACUAGGGGUGAUGAGCCGAGGCAGUCUCGGGGCACAGCAGCUUACCCAGCUUUAUCUGGCUAAUGAUCAGAUUGAUGAAGCCACCCACUUGCUUUCUGCAUUGAACUGGAACACUGCAAGCAGUACUUGUUUUGGUUGUUUAUCGGCCAUAGUAAACCACCUCCUUCGUCUUCCAUUAAAUGCAGUUAGAGAAGCUGCCUUAGAGACGAGUCUUGGAUCCUUUUAUGCACCGCUCAGACCCUUAUCUGAGGUCAUCGUCAUCAAUUAUCGGGAUUCCGUCAGCCGUCUAGCUCGCAGGUUCUUUCAAUUUUUGCUCAGAUAUCAGAGAUUUGAAAAGGCCUUCUUGCUUGCUGUUGAUCUUCAUUCAAGGGAUCUGUUCAUGGAUAUUCACCAUCUAGCCAUCGAUAAAGGGGAAAUGGCUCUAGCAAAUGUCGCCAAGCAGAAGGCUGAGGAAAUUGAGAUGGAGCUACCCUCAACAUCUGGGACAGACGACUAUGAUUCUGAGGAUUCUUUGAGUGAAGGAGAUGUAACUGAUGGCUCCUAUUCAACCGGAGAAGAACGACCCGAUCACGCCAGAAAGGGAGACCCUCGGAGGAGAGAUGAUGACACUCUCAUCAGAGGAGCGGAGUCUUUGACCCAUCCACCCAACCCCGAGACAAGUGGUUCAUCCGAUCAGGGUCAAGUUCCCAUAAAAUCAAGAAAGUCAAGGAAAGAUGUUGAUGCGUGGCAUAGAGCAGAGGAGAGAAUUGAUGAAGCUUACAGACACGGUGAUGCUGUGGAUGAGGAUCUGUUGAGUGGAGCUAGCGGGUUGGCUGCAAUACCGGGAGACAUCUACACCAAAGUACUUGCAGAUAAUCCAUUUGGAUGGGACAAACCAAAUGUGGCAGGAACAUCUGCUAGCCAUCCAAGCAGAGGAGUUGGUGAUGACGUAGAAGAAGGGGAAGAAGAAGAAAGAGAAGGAGAGGAAACAACAACUCUGAAAGUGGUCCACUUUGGAAUGGUUUGACCAGGAAAAUAGAAGACUGAUGAUCUGGAUCCCUAGCAGCUUUCAAACUGGUGGUGGGGACAUCCCUGUGUGAAUAAUGAAAAGGAGACAUGAUUAGACUGUCUUGGUGAAGGUGGGGAUCUACAGCAUCUGUUUACGGAAUAGCAAAGAGGUAUUUCAAGAAUAAUCAGUGUGUUCCACUAAAGAUUGGUUCGAGC